GGUGGGCCGAGCCUCGGCUAUUUUCGGCAGCCACCUACUUUGCCGGCCUCGUGUUAGGCUUUAUUUUAGAGAUAGGUGCGGAUCCCACCUCUAGGCCCCAAACCUAUCCGACAAUAGGGGCAUAUCCUAGAGAUAUGUCCCCAUUGUAUGUGAUGGGAAUACCCCUUUAAUUCCUCCGCCCUUCUACGAAUCAACUGUACCAAGGAAUGGACGGAAUAUUGUUCUGUUUAGGAGCUUAUCCCAAAUUAGCCCCCAGAUGUCCCACUCACAUGGAGGUACAGCAAACAUAAAUCAAAAAGUUUUAGAUGAUAGUUUUUAUUUAAUAUUUUUCUCUUCCACCGUCGUGUGAGUAAUCAGCUUUGUAUGUAUGGAUGUCUCCUCACCUGAGUCCCCCGGGUAGACGUGUCGUUUUAAAUGCAUUUGGUGACAGUAAUGACCUCAGCUCUUCACUAAUAGUAGGAGUAGCAGCACCGUGACACGCUUCUCUUUUCUGACUCCUCUAAGCUGCCACUAAGUCAUAUGCCCCGUUCAGAGUGUGCGUUACUUAGUGCGGCCAUUGCAAAAAUGAUCUGUCUUUGUGCAUUCCUAGGGGAGCAAGUGAUCCACGUCAUCAUGAAACUUUGAAAGGUGAGGCUUAGAAAGUGCUGACGUGUCAUCUGGACAUAGCGACCACACGUUAUACUAGUAAUGAGCUGGAAUGUAUGUUUGGAGGACAGACAGCAGCCCUGUAUCCUUCCCCCACAGAGACGUAAAGAAGUUGUGAAGGUCUGUACCUGUAUAGUGUGUGGACACCUGACAUCUCGCCUCGAUGAGACAUCCCAUUCUGAAGCAGUGGAGUCUGUCUCCUUUUGCAGCCUCAACUCUAUUGAGAAGAGUUUUCACACGAUUUUGGAAGCUGUCUGUGGGAAUGUGUGAGGUCAGGGGCUGAUGCUGGGGGAGAAGAUCUGAACCAUCCAAUUCUGAAAGUCAUUAGAUGAGUUGAGGUUGGGGCUCUUAUCAGCCACACAGAUUCCUUCAAUCCAACUCAUCUCUGCAUGUCCAGGAGGACUCAGGGGGGCAGUCCUCCUGGAACAGGAAAGAACCUUCUGGAAAGAUGUUGUCACCGAGCUGGAGACAUACAGCUGUCAAAAAUUUCUGCCAAUCUGAUGGAUAAAUCUGGGUUUGGCGCUAUUGUAAUACAUAGUACUACUGUAAAAUUUGGUGGAUGAGGAGGAUUUGGUAAGGGGCUGUUUUUCGGGGUAAGGCCUCUUAUUUCCAGUGAAUGGUAUUUUAUAUUGAUAAUAUAUCCUCCGAUAUCUGCCACUGUAGUAGAGCGAUAGUGGCAGAUAGGUUAUCCACCAGGGUGGAGCAUUAGUUUUGUAGUGUGUUAUUAAAUUUAUUUUUUUUCGAUCCACAGAUGUCCUGCCCCAAAAAAACAUGGAAUUAGGAAAGGGUAAACUUCUCAGAAGUGGCCUCAACGCCUUGUACCAAGCCAUACAUCCGAUACACGGCUUAGCCUGGACAGAUGGCAAACAGGUUAUUCUAACAGCCUUGGACCUUCAUAAUGAAGACCCCAAGUUUGGCAACUCCGUAGUGAUUGGGCAAUUUGAACACGUUCACGGCCUCUUCUGGGGUACAGCUAAUGCCAAUGACCUACCCGCUCUCCUGGCCGUUCAACACAAGAAACAUGUCACUGUCUGGCAGCUGUAUUACAACAGUUCAGAGAAAAACAAGUUGGUGGUUUCUCAGACUUGCGAAGUCGGGGACCCCCUGCCCGUUCUACCGCAGGGCUGCGUGUGGCAUCCAAACAAAGACAUCUUGGUUAUUUUAACCAAACGCGAUGUGUCUGUCUUGUAUUCCGUGCGCUCGGACAAUUCUAGUGUUAAGGCGGACAUUAAAAGCACAGGGGUUGUCCAUUGCGCUUGCUGGACCGAGGAUGGAAGUCGAUUGGUUGUUGCCAUCAGUAGCGCACUUUACUCCUAUAUUUGGGACGAGAAGCACAAAAUGUUAAACCCCUGUACUUUUUGCCCUAUAUUUGAUGUCGGUGGAUACAUUUGUGCAAUUGAAUCAACAGUUGACUCUCAGGUGGCUGUUGCAACCGAGCUUCCCCUAGACAGAUUAUGUGCAUUGAAUGCCGGAAUUGCAUUCGACGUUCCAGCAACCUCCCAAAUAACUCCCUCCGCCCAACCAGCCUUGCUGCUCAUGGAUGAAGAAUUCUCUCUAGAUGUGGGGCGAAAAUCAACUGAUUCUGGCACUACCAUCUCCACAGAUUCCCCAGUUACUUCCCCUGGGACUGUUGACCUAACACAUAUUAUGAUUAACCACUCGAAAUCUGACCCGAGCCCACUUCUUAACUUGAAACUCAAGGACUACAUAACAGGAAGUGGUCAAGACUCCUCACAUCUGAUCCUUGUGACCUUCGAGAAGAAAGUGACGUCCACUCGGAAAGUUAGCAUCCCAGGUAUUCUAGUCCCGGACAUCUUGGCAUUUGAUCCUGGUGCACAUAUCGUUGCCGUCGCUUCGAACACGUGUAGCCACGUUCUAGUUUAUUCGUUGACUUCUACAAACAUGCCCAAUAUUCAGCAAAUCCAACUGGAGAAGAAUGAGCGGCCUAAAGGCUUGUACUUCCUGACAGAUAAGAUGUUGCUAGUGUUGGUUGGGAGGCAGAAGACGUGUGACCCAGCGUUUCUCCCUUCUUCUAGCUCUGAUAAAUACAUCAUCCGUUUGAUGGUGAAGGAGGUUAUGUUUGAUGAAGACUCUGAGAUUCCGAGUGCGCACUCGAGCUUCGACUCUUCAGCUAUAUUACAUGGGAGGAAGAAGUAUGUGGACUCGUACAAAUAUGAGCAGUCUCCUGCUUGUCGUGAACUUUUGAUCCCAGGAAGUUCCUCGGGACGUCCAUCUUCAAGUAAAAAGCGACUCGUAGAAGAGAUUCGAAGCUAUAACUGCGAUCAAAGCUCAACGUCCAGCGCUAGUGACUUUGAGGAGAAAAAGACUACAAUGACUUUGCACCACUUAGACGUCGAACCGAAAAAUAGGUCUGUAAUACUAGGUUUAGAGACACAUCGUAAACCUUCCAGCAGACCAACAUCUCCAAAACUGCAAUCCCAGGCGUGCAACAACCUGACAAGGAACACCACUGCUGUCCCGGACCAUGAUUUCCUUCAUGUGUCCCGGAAUCUGGAGCGACUUUGCUGCAACAUGUCCAAUUUACAGCAACGCCUAUCCGAUCUAACAGAAAUGGCGCAAAACGGAAGGAAGUCUUAUCUGUCCUAUGCAUCCUCUAGAGAUCCUCCAUAUGUUACCAUCAUAUGCCAGAGGAAUCACUCGGACAGUUCGUCGGUGAAAAAGUCGGUUUUGCUGUGUGAAAACAAGCUGCGUCUCGGGACCAUCCAGGAGCUCUUCUGUCUGUCGCUGGUGGAGAUGCAGCUGGGACCCUCUUGUUGGAUUACUCUGACAGCCGAUAACGAAGGCUUCAUCCCAUUGACAUUUUCGGCCAAUCAGGAACUCUUCAUCAGAGACGCCAGAGGCCCUCCAGCAUCACCCUUGAGCUCCGACGGAAUCAGUCCAGCACAGCCCCCCAGCAGCAUCACAUAAUGUGCGCUGUCCGCUCGGGGGGCUGUUCUGUUUUCCAUCUUACCGUAUGCACUGGGCUUGGGGGCUCCACCGCUUCACAGUACCCUGUUAAUAUCCAUUUAUAGGCAGCUUCAGAUUGUUGUAAGGAUUCCUUACUUACCUCCGGUGCUGACGGGAUAGGAUCCCAGUAUUUUGUGCAAUAUACGUCCUACAUUUCUAGGACUCCCAACGCCCUGGACCUCAAGAGUAAUACAUUUGAGGGUGUCCAGUACCAGACCCUUGAUGCUGCUGGAAUAUCCAUAGAUUUUUAUCAGACGGUGAUGACAUAGAGAGAGAGAGACUUUCUUGUUAUCAUAGUGACGUGAUUGUGCCAGCGCGUUUCAGUAUUUGCAGUAUUUAUCGCUAGAUAUUAAAGUACUGGUGGACAUGCAUGAGGAAUGUAUUUUUUGGUAAUGCAUGUUCCUGCCCUGAUCGUAUCUAUAGUAUGUGCGCGGCAUAUUCGAUACCUGCGGGACAAUCUUUGUUACCAUUGAAUGUAUAGUAAAGGCCACCAUUAUGUGGGCGGAGCCAGUGUUAUAUCGGUGUGUAAGUGCUGACAGAUGUGCAUUUCAUUUGCAGUGAUGUCCAUGUAGUAGAGAGAUUCACCGC